UCUGCACUGUUAGUUCUGGCAGUGAAUACCACUAGCUGAUCAGCAUUUUCUGAACGGAAGGAGGCUGCGUGUGUGGCAUCCAGCGGGUCAGGUUUAAGAAAAAGAUGUCAGCAACUUAAGACCCAUGUCACAUGACUCCCUCUCCUUGCCAAUACUAGACGCCGUGGAUCAGAUUUCAACUCCAGGCAGUCCUCGGUGCUCCUGUGGGUUUAGCCGAAUAAGAAACAAAACCACUCUUCUGAAAAUGUGAGAAGCUGCUCUCGGCUUACUGUAGCCUCGGGAUUUGGGAGCUGGUGUUCAAAUCAAAGCAUCUCCACUGAAUGGAAUUUCAGUAUUUUGCUGUCAUUUUGAUGAUUUCAUCUGGCCUUCAUCAGUUCUGCCAGACACUUCCUGCGAGGAUGGGGGCAGGAGCCCUCGGCAUCUGUCAAAGUAAAGCAACAGUUCGGCUGAAAGAAGAUAUGAAAAAGAUAGUGGCAGUGCCACUAACUGAGCAGAGGAAUUCUACCUAUACAAGGUUGUUCGGUGUCAGUCUCCAGGACCUUCAACAGCAGGGACUCACUGAGAACGGCGUUCCAGCUGUAGUGGGGAACAUAGUGGAGUACUUGACAAAGAAUGGACUCACCCAGGAGGGCCUUUUCAGGGUGAAUGGCAACAGGAAGGUGGUAGAACAACUUCGACUGAAGUUCGAGAGCGGUGUGCCCGUGGAGCUCGGGAAAGAUGGCGACAUCUGCUCCGCAGCCAGUCUGCUGAAGCUCUUCUUGAGGGAGCUGCCCGAGAGCGUGAUCACCUCGGCCUUAUACCCUCGGUUCCUCCAGCUCUUCCAGGAUGACAGAAAUGAUGCUCAGGAGAGCUGCUUAAGAGACUUACUAAAAGAGCUGCCGGACACGCACUACUGCCUCCUCAAGUACCUGUGCCAGUUCUUGACAAAAGUAGCCAAACACCAUGUGCAGAAUCGCAUGAAUGUUCAUAAUCUUGCCACUGUGUUUGGACCCAAUUGCUUUCAUGUGCCACCUGGGCUUGAAUGCAUGAAAGAACAAGACCUCUGCAACAAGAUAAUGGCUAUAAUGCUAGAAAAGUACAAUACCCUGUUUGAAGUAGAAUACACAGAAAAUGAUAACCAGAGGUGUGAAAACCAAAUGAAGCUUGUCGUAGUAAAAGAGGCCAAUUGUAAGAACUCCUUACCCAUCCUUCUAACAAACGACUUAGAAAGAGACAUGCAAAAACCAUCUCCAAAAACUAAGAUCCCAAAGUCCAAGAGUGAGGGAUCUAUUCAGGUCUACAGGGUACCACAAGCAGAGCUAUCCGAUGGUGUUCCUCAGGUCAGCCUGCGGCUCAGUCAUAGAAAACCCUGCUGGAAUGGCAUGAAUUCAGCAGAGGACGUUUGUGGGGCCAAGUUGGUAUCCAGUUCUCAGGAAGAUGAAGGAUCAUUGUCACCUUUCUAUCUGAGUGCCUGUGUAUCCCAAGUCAGCAGUGCUUCAACAACAGGAGAACUCUUAGAAAGAACUAUCCGGUCAGCUGUAGAACAGCAUCUUUUUGAUGUUAAUAGCUCCGGAGGCCAAAGCUCAGAGGACUCAGAAUCCAGAUCACCCCCAGCACCUUCCACCACAUCCGCCCGACAGCGACGGCGCCUGUCCAAGGAGCAGGAUGACGUGCGAUGCGGCAGAGACAUGGGACUUAUCAACAAAGAAAAUAUUCCUUCUGGGUUCACUGACCUUGGUGAUUGUAUUUUGAGUGCUCAGGAAGUGGAAAAAUUACAUGAAAAUACUUCUGGCUGUAUUGGAGAAAGGGGCAAACCUAAACGUCAGAAAUCCAGUUCCAAACUUUCAGAGCUCAAUGAAAAUCAAGAUGGUCUUGUGAACAUGGAACUUCUCAAUUCCACACCAUCUCAUGAGAGGGCUCGACCUGAUGAUGUUGAACUGAUGUCCGAUGACAGCAAAGAAAGUGAAAAAGACAGUGGACACACCCAGCAUUUUGAGAGCCCCACAAUGAAGAUCCAGGAGCACCCCAGCAUACCUGACACCAAACUGCAGAGGACUCCAGAUGCCGACGCCCAGCAGGAGAGCUUUGUCUCGGAAGUUCCCCAGCUGGACCUGACCACAUUGUGCGAUGAGAAAAGCUGGGCAGAGCCCACGCCUGCUUUGUCCUCAUGGCAGCAGGAGAACAUGGACUCUGACGAGGCACGCCUCUCCCCGCAGGCCGGGCGCCUCAUCCGCCAGCUUCUGGAUGAAGACAGCGACCCCAUGCUCUCUCCUCGGUUCUACGCUUACGGGCAGAGUAGGCAAUAUCUGGAUGACACGGAAGUGCCUCCUUCUCCCCCCAAUUCCCAUUCUUUCAUGAGGCGACGGAGCUCCUCCCUGGGGUCCUACGAUGACGAGCACGAGGAUCUGACACCUGCCCAACUCACGCGAAGGAUUCAGAGCCUUAAAAAGAAGAUCCGAAAAUUUGAAGACAGGUUUGAAGAAGAGAGGAAGUACAGACCCUCCCACAGUGACAAGGCCGCCAAUCCGGAGGUUCUGAAAUGGACAAAUGACCUUGCCAAGUUCCGGAAGCAACUAAAAGAGUCCAAACUAAAGAUAUCUGAAGAGGACCUAACCCCCAGGAUGCGGCAGCGAAGCAACACACUCCCCAAGAGUUUCGGUUCCCAACUUGAGAAAGAAGAUGAGAAGAAGCAAGAGGUGGUAGACAAAGCGAUAAAGCCCAGCGUUGAAGCCACACUGGAAUCUAUCCAGAGGAAGCUCCAGGAGAAGCGGGCGGAAACCAGCCGACCUGAGGACAUUAAGGACAUGACCAAGGACCAGAUUGCGAAUGAGAAGGUGGCACUGCAGAAAGCUCUAUUAUAUUAUGAAAGCAUUCAUGGACGGCCGGUAACCAAAAAUGAACGGCAGGUUAUGAAGCCGCUGUAUGACAGGUACCGGCUGGUCAAACAGAUCCUGUCCCGAGCUAACACCAUACCCAUCAUUGGUUCCCCCUCCAGCAAGCGGAGAAGCCCUUUGCUGCAGCCAAUUAUCGAGGGUGAAACUGCUUCCUUCUUCAAGGAGAUAAAGGAAGAAGAGGAGGGUUCAGAAGAUGAUAGCAACACAAAGCCAGACUUCGCAGUCACUCUGAAAACCGAUUUCAGCGCCCGUUGCUUUCUCAACCAAUUUGAAGAUGAUGCUGAUGGUUUUAUUUCCCCGAUGGAUGAUAAAAUACCAUCAAAAUGCAGUCAGGACACCGGGCUUUCAAAUCUGCAUGCUGCUUCAAUACCAGAACUCUUGGAACACCUUCAGGAAAUGAGAGAAGAAAAGAAAAGGAUUCGAAAGAAACUUCGUGAUUUUGAAGACAAUUUCUUCAGGCAAAAUGGAAGAAAUGUCCAGAAGGAAGACCGCACUCCUAUGGCUGGAGAGUACAACGAAUAUAAGCACAUAAAGGCAAAACUGAGGCUCUUGGAGGUGCUCAUCAGCAAGAGAGAUGCUGAUUCCAAGUCCAUGUGAGGGGCAGCCCCAGCUCGAGUGAAGGGGGAUGGUGACACACGGUGAAUGUGCCCCCCGGUAAAUAGCAGCAGCUCUGUGGGAAGUGGAAGGCAGCCUUAGAGCUGGGCCUGCGAAGGAUGGAGCCCUUCUGCGGACAGGCCUUUGGAAUUGGCUCCAGACUGAAGAAGGCAGCUUGUCCUGACUUAGGAAUUUUGUAAAGGAAAGUCAAGAUUCCUGUGCUCGUGUGCAUGUGCAGACACUGCCGUGGAAGCUGUACUCACACCACCAGUGAUGAGGCACUACAUUGGGACACACUCAUCUACAGAGAAUAUGCACUGUUCUUCCAUGGGUAACGGAGAAGCAGGAGACCAUUCUCACUCUAACUGGGAUGAAACCCAGCUCAGGAUGUCCUGGAGCAAACUUGCUGCGCAGGUCACUGUUCCCUGGACCCUGUAAAGUGGGAAUGCACUUUGGAGCCCUGUUUGCUGCCUUGCCCAUUCCUGUGACCUUUCCACAGAGCUGCGCCUUCCCCGAGUCCUGUGAAUUGUGUCUCGUCCGCUCUCAAGUAGAUGGAAACUGUGUCUGCCUGGAAUGGCAGUGCAGACAUCUAUUUGACAGUGUGUUUCUUUAAGACUUCCUCCACUGACAAAGAACUGUGACCGCUGUAGGACUGGAUUGCCUGCAGAGGAAGGCGGGGGGGCAGUGGGCUAUCACAGGAGCUCUACUAAUGCUGAUUUUUAAAUCAGGUGACAGGGUGAACAGCCUAGAGAAUUCAUUCCCGAACAUCGACUGCACUUUAUCAGUCGAUGAAGAGUGCAACAUCAGACACGAAGCGAGGCCAGCAUGCUAUGGCAGCCUAUGUGGAGCUUGGUUUCAAUUUCACACUAGCCAAACAUAAAUGCCCUUGCUUAAUUCUUAGCUGAAAUAUAGGGAGAAGGGAGAGGGGAGAGAAAGAGAGAACCUGUGUUCUCAGCCAUCUGAGGACUUACCAGAGUUUAAUUUUUUUUUAAGUAAACCUGCACUAAAAUCCCCUCACUGAGGGGUGAACGUAGCCCUUGGAGCUCAACCCAAGGCACAAUCUAAAUCACACUAUUUUCAAGGUCAUGUAUGAAGAGAACAAACACUAGUGUGUAGCCAUUUAUGAUCACAAUUUUUCCAGAGGCCACAUCACAAAGCUGUCUAUAUUAGACAUUUUGGAGGGACCAGGGAACUUAAGACCCUAAAUCAUUCAUCUCUUCAGUGUGCUGACUCACUUGGUGAUUUGUGAUUUGUCAUUAGUUUUUAACUUUUUAUGUCUGCCCCGGGGAAAGUGGGCUCGGCCUGCCUGUCCACCUUCGCACACAGACACCGUUGCCAGGAGAAGGCGUUUCGGUGGCUCGCCUGCUGAAGACCAUGUUGCAGGUGAUCAGGGUGCCCACCUCCAUUGUGUGUGUGUGUGUGUGUGUGUGUGUGUGUGUGUUAAAAAGAAGAGAAAGAAAACAUAAAAUUCUGCUGGCCAGUUGUCAAUUUCAAAAAAUGGGUUCUUGAGAAACUAGUCAGAUUGUAUUUAUAGCAGCGUUUCUGUUGCUAAGUGAGGAGCCGCUCUGUCAGUUGAAAAUUAAGUCGGGAGUGGGUGAGAAAGGACGCCUUCAGGUUUGCUCCUGGAAGUGUUUAUGUAGACACAGGAGCACAUGUUGCAAGUGCCCUGGUUUAAGCUACACACUUAAAGAUGGUACCUAAUCCUACAAAUUUAAAUGUAUAUGAAAAUAUAGUUUGGUAUUCUCUGCUCUACUGUUUACAUUGCAGAUGGCUAUAAUUUCAAGGAGUUAUAAGUAAAAUGCACUUUAGGACAUUUUCUAUUUUUGAAAUCUGAACAUGAAUCAUUCAUAUGACCAAAAAUUGUAUUUUUUAAAAGAAAUGUCUAGUCUGUUCUUUGUAAUUAUUCUUAAAUAAGCUGUACUAUAAAUCAUUACCAGUUAACUUUGAAAGGCACAUCUGUUUAAGAGUAUUGCUUUGAAAAUGCUAACAUGCUAUAGAAUUUAAAAAGAGGAAAAGCUAUAUAAAUGAGAAGCUUCUAAAUGUUUUUGAAAUCUGCUGUUUCUGCCAAAGGUAAAUUAAGUAAAAGAUUUAUUCAGAAAACCCCAUUCAAAUUUAUAUGGUUGAAUAAAAGAAAACACCAAGUUAUAGUAAAAAGAAAUUGUGUAUGGAAUGUUGUGUUUCCUUUGGAAUUUCUAAUAAUCUAUAUACUUCAUAGAGCAGCGCCCAGACCCAGGCGGAGGGAGGCCCUGUUCACACUACCAGGCCCUGUCUGAAGACCUGUUCCUUGGCUCUGGCUGCCAGAAGUGCUGAGGCAAGUGUGUUGCCACAGCAACCAUUUGUGCAGCCCAGGGUCUGAAGGCCCUGGAGGCAGCGUCUUAAUUGGCUUCCCACAGAAUACUCUGGACUUGUGUGGUUUUCUCCCUUUGCUCUCUUGGGAAUGUGUCUGUGUUUAUUACCACAUGCCAACAAAAUAAAUGUCAAGGGUUAUUUAAUAACAAUAAGUAAAGGGAAAGCAUGAAUAAACUUGAUUGUGUGGUUGUAAGAAUUAGAGAUAGAAGAGGCUUAUAAUUUUUACAGGAAUUUGCUUUUACUGUGCUUAGUCUGGAAUAAACAUUGAAA